GAUGAUGCUACCCCAGAUGCUCGCCUUGAUGCUGGGGGUCAUACUGCUCGGCAUUGUGCUUCUUUGUAUCUAUGCUGUCCGCGAUGUUUAUCGCAAGCAGGGCUCGAACCUGCCCCCGGGCCCUCGAGGUUUGCCUUUACUUGGCAAUCUGCUUCAGGUGCCCUCGAAGUUCACCUGGUACAAACUCGACGACUGGUCCAAACAAUAUGGUCCUAUAUACACGCUAUGGAUGAUGGGCCGACCAUUUGUGGUGCUCAACAGUGUCGCGGUGGCAGCAGAUAUAUUGGACCGCAAUUCUGGCGCGACAGCAGAUAGAUUCAAGACCAUUAAGAGCAUGUUUUAUACGAGCGAUAGCUUCGUUUCCUUACAGGACCACACGAUAGAGUGGCGUGGGGAGCGACGAGCGAUUCAUUCCAACCUGAACAUUCGCUCGACAGUUCGUUUCCUCUUUCUGCAAGAAAAUGAGGCAGCGUAUUUCACUCUUGGACUUUUGCGUUAUCCCGACAAGGCAUUCGACGUGCACGCGCAUAGGUUUGCGGGCUCUUCCAUCUUCAGAUCUUUGUACGGCGGAGAGAGGUUCAAUCAUUUGAAGGAAGAUCCGAGCCGACUCAUUGAGAAAAUGCACAAGGAGGUCAUGCAUGCCAUGUUACCUCAGAACAGUAUUGUCGAUAUGCUCCCUUUCCUAGAGCCUCUCAUACAGCGCGUGAAAUGGUUAAGAAGGGCGGCUGAUACUUGGUUCCGCGAGAUGACUCAAGAAGGGUAUCGUUUGUUCGACACCGCCGCUCCCACCGAGGAUUGGGAGCCUAUCGUGCAAAACUUCAAUAUGAACCGCGAGAAAUAUGGCAUCACAAAGCAUAACGCUGUGUGGACAACAGUCACUCUCUAUAUGGCAGGGCAAGAGACUACAUCCACAGCACUGAGAGUCUGCAUGUUGGCACUGUUGCAUCAUCCCGAAGUUAUGCGGGCUGCGCAGGCGAACAUCGACGCGAUCUGCGGCAUGCACCCUCCAAAAUUCGAAGACAGAGACAAACUUCCUUAUAUCGACGCCCUUGUCAAGGAGACAGUAAGAUGGAGACCCGGUAUACCUCCGGGUAUACCACACGUGGCUUCUGAGACCUUCCAGUAUCAGCAAUACACGAUACCCAAAGGAACUGUGUUCUUUGACAAUAUAUGGGGUCAGACCCGCGAUCCAUUGGUCUAUCCAAACUCAGAAGUAUUCAAUCCUACCCGUUUCUUGGAUAAAUCUGGAAAGCUACUCCCGGUGACUCCGGAUACCCGCUUAGAUCUUCUUGGGUUCGGACAUGGUCGUCGUGUGUGUCCUGGAAAGGACUUUGCAGUCAAUGGGAUGUUCAUCGCGAUCGCUUACAUGUUGUGGGCUUUCACGUUCGAGUGGCCGCUUGACGAUGCCGGACAGCCUAUCAAAUGCGACGUCAACGACUUUGUGGACCAUUCCUUUGUUGCAAGCCCGAGAUCUUUUGGCGUGCUGGUAAAGCCGAGGCGAGAAGACUUGGAGGGACUACUUGUCGAGGUGUUGAAUCAAUAUGAUGCCCAACACAAGGUGUAACGAGCAAAGCAUAGCUGGAUUACCACAC